AUGUCGGAUAAAUGCCUAACACGUAAAAUUUUUCCGGUUGGUCCUCUAUCGGGUCGUAGGCCAUCCUCUUUGUGUGACCCUAGUGGCCUUCCAUGCAUCCCUCUUACAUGUGGUUAUGCACCAGGAGCCAGGUCAUCACCUUUGUCUGACCCUAGUGGCCUUCCACACAAUGCUCUUAUAAGUGGUUUUGUAUCAGGAGCCAGGUCAUCGCCUUUGCCCGAUACUAGUUGCCUUCCAAAUAACAUUUUUACGGGCAAUUCUGUAUCGACAGGUAGGUCAUCUUCUGCCCUUAGUGGCCUUCAACACAACCAUUUUUUGGUUGGUUCAACACCAAGAGCCAGACUCAAUAUUGGUGGGAUCCAAAUGAAGAAAGGAGAAAAGAGCAUUCGUGAAGGUUUUAAGAAUACGUUGAAAGAUCGCUUCAGGGAUAGAAUGAAGGAUGCUAGGGAAGCAUCGCCAAAUUCUACACGAAAAGUUGAGCACAUUAUCGUAUAG